AUGUGCAAAAAGGUAGCGGUCAAUUACACCUCUGCUCGUACUUUGAAUCUUCAAAGGACACAAAGAGCAGUAAGGGAUGCAGGACUAGGCGCCGAUGUAUCAAAUAAUGGUACUAGCACAAGAACAAGCAUCUUUGGUAGAUGUAUUGAGGGAGGGGAGCCCAUCAAUACAUCUGCAAGGAAGGGCAAAAAAGAAUUGAAAAGGAAGAAGAUAAUGAAGACUUGGGAAGCAUUUAAGAAUAAAAAUAAAAUAGAAGGCCAAGUAUUGGGGGAUGUCUUGUUACCUAAAAAUUUAAAUAAAGAUAAGGAGUUUGUGCUGGACAGUGAUAUAUAUGUUGGAAAGAAAGUUGUUGGAGAAGAAGUAGUAGAUGAGAUGGUAGUAGUAGAUUGUAAUUUAGAUGCAAAUAAAGAAUUGACUUGUAAUAUUAAGGAGGUUAAAAAAAGUGAAGUAUUAGAUACUACAGAUUUUAGGGCUCUAAUCAAAGAUACAAAUACUAAAAAGGUAACAUUCAUUAAUAAAGUAGAAGUUUAUUGUUAUGAACAGGAGAUAGUCAAAGAGAAAAAUGAUAAACAAUUAAAUGCAAAGAAUAAUAAAAGUUACUUAACCAACGGAAUUGUAGAAUCAUCCAAAAUUUUAGUAAGUUCAAUUGAUACUGUCAUUGGUAAUUCAAAUAAAAAUGUUGUAAAUGAUGAAUCUAA